UUUGAACUAUUCGAUUUCACAACAAAACAUAAACAAAUCAAAACUGAAAUAUCAAUAUGGCAUCACCAAGCAAAUCUUUCUUUGCAUUUUUGUAUUUGGCGAUUCUCUUGACUCUAAAUAUUGUGGAAGCUGAAGAUAGGAGUAACCUAAUUCCUAUAGGUCCUUGCGCACAGAUUCCAAACUGCAACCAGACUUGCAUUGCAUCACAAUUUAAAGGCGGAAAAUGCAUCAAAUGGUAUCCGACCUCCAUUAAAGAAACAUGUGCUUGCUUUGUAAAAUAUUCUACAUCGCCCGUUUAAGAAAAUGAUUUUCAAUUGCUAGAAUUGUUUUUUAAAAUGUACUAAAUAUAUAUUUUAAAUAAAAAUUUUAGUUGGUGAAAAAGUUGUAUCAAAAAUAUAUUUUAGAUAAAUUUUUAGCUGGCGA